UCCAACUGGCUUCAGAUGGUGUGUGUAUGUGCGUGUGCCUGCCUCGGAGUGUGUGAGACGAGCUGGGAUCGUGAGCCAGGCUCCAACCAAGUGGUUUUAAUCAGCAGCCCAUUAGAGGGGAAUGGAAAACUUCUAACGGGAUAAGAGCUGAGUUGUUCCCACAGCCCCAUGGGAUGGCAGUUCACAGGACCCUGUUCUUCUGGACGCGGUGACUUCUUGCCAGGCACCAAGAAAGCUCUCAGCAGCGGGAAUGGGGAAAGCCCUCCGUAGCUUUGGAUAAAGCCCGCUUUGGCAUUUUUACCCUGUCAGGACAUGGCUACUGCAUCUGCAAUGUGGCCAAGGGUGGAGUGAGGACAGCACACUGGCCAUGGUUUGUGGGCACGGCCCCAGGUGCCGCAGGCUCUGUCGCCCUCGCCCCUUCCUCCUGGCCCUGGUGGUGGCCGUCUGCCUGUUCUGCCAGACCCUGACUCCCCUCAUGACCAACAGCUUCCUUUCAGCAGUUGUUAAUGGGAUCUCCCCGAACAAACAGAGUAAAACACGGCAAGGAAGAUACAAGGAGGUUGCAGCCAGCGACACACGCUGCUUCUUCCCCAUCAGUGAUUCACAUACAUUGAAAAAGAUCGAAGACACUGUUCUCCAGUACUUUGGAAACCGUAUGAGAAGAGCAGUUCUGUAUGCACCUCCUGCCCACAGCAAAACUGAGCAUCAGCUCUGUCAGCGCAUCCUGGCAAAGCAUGGAUAUUCAGUCACAGUCCUUGAAAACAGGAGAUUGGUGGAAGACCUGAGACAUGGGGGCCCUUACCACAGUAGCAUAAGCCCUUGGGAUCUUCUGAUCUGCUUAUCUUCCACAAAAGGUGAUGAUACUAGCUGCAUUCAGAGAGAUGACUUGAAUCAACUGGAGUUAUUCCAGAAGGUAAACCUACUUCCAGAAAUUCAGUAUUUCCUUUGCAGUAAAGAAGGAUUGUGCCAGAUAACAAAAGCCUUUUCAGACAUGCAGCUCUCAAUUGCCACCCCAGAGUGUUCCAGUUGGCACGGGCAGUCAGGGGACAACACUGCAAGCAACAUCACCCACGGCGGCAAAAACAAUGUCAAGAAACACAUCGCCCAUCUGCAGUACUUAUGGAGCCAAACCAAUGGAGCACAGCUGAGUCAAGUCUCAGCUUCAUCAGACCACAAGGAUAUCCUUAAAGCUCAAGACCUUUCUGUCAUCAUAAAAGCAUACGUGCUAGUUACAUCCUUAACACCUUUGAGGGCCUUUCUUCAUUCAGCUGCUACUGUCUGGCAUCCACCCAAGAAGAAGCACUUUUCUGUAAAGCUGCAAAGGUUUUUUGAGAUGUUCUUCAAAGGCAGUUAUCCCCAGCAAGCCUUUAAUAACAUGAAGGAAGCUAUAAGCAAACUUCUACUUAUUACUGAGGUCCUCAGUGAAUCAUCUGCCUCAGGACCAGGCUCUUUCAAUCAAUGCAGCCAAUGUUUUCAAAUGCUGACCUUUGACAUUGGGUUCAGCACCUCCAUACACCCCAUAGUUCUUCAGGUGCAUAAAAAUUUUGACUUUCAAGAUGAGGAGAAAUCGAAUCUUCAGGACCAAAUUUUCAAAGAAGCUAUUUUUGAAGACACUUUUAGGCUUCUAUUGUCUAAUAAGUCCUCAAUUUCCAGUUUCAUAAAAGCUUUACGAAACAUAUAUGGAUCAACUGUGAGCAAGGAUGGAAUCUUCAUCAAAGAAGAUGGACAAUGUUUGUCAUUAGAGGAGAUAAAUUCAAUGAUGACAUUUGUUAAAGAGGUGAAGAAUCUUGGACAAUUUGAGCUGCUUUACCCUUCUGCUGCACCCAAGAUCCAAACCUUACUGCAUGACCUUUAUCACAUGGUAGACCCAAUGAGACAACUUGGUUCAGUCCUGACGGUACAUUGGUUGCUUACCAGCUUGCUUGAACAAUUCCAGUUCAUGACCAAAAAGACACUUACAGAUCUUUCAGAAUGGAGAAGGAAGAAGAGCUCGAUAAACUCAUCUCCAACUGCAAUUAAAUGGUUACAGCCCAGGAAUUCUUCUCAAGAAAAUGUGAUUCCAAAGAAGAACUUUCAUUUUCGCUUGUGGAAGAAUCAUGAAGCAUUGCGUUAUGCCAGUAAGACUAAAGAAAUUCAGUGCAGUUAUGAUAAAGAUACCCUAUCUCAUAUCAGGCAGAUCUUCACCAGUCCACAGCUGGACUUGAAUCCUCAGUUUAACCCAAAAAUCAAGGAGUACUAUGCAGAAGUCCCAUUUGACGUGGUAACAGUGAAGAUUGGAGCAGAGCCUUCUAACUGUCAGUGCCAAGUCCACCUUGAUGAGAUGAAAGGACCAAGCAUUGCUAACUACCCACUUGGCCUUGGAUUGAACAAAAUUGUUGUUCUUGUAACAGAUGAUUCGCAGCCCAGUCCUCAGGUUGUGAGCAGCUAUAAAAUCAAAAUUUAUCGAGAGGACCGCCCUAGUCUGCCUUUGUUUGAUGACUAUAUGAUUUGUGGUUUUGUGCAGGACUGUGGCUCUCAAAUUCACCCAGAGGAGUCCUGUGGCUUGCAGCCUCUGUCUCAUGAGUACCUGUCUGCAAUUUCACAGACUGCACUGAAGACCUGUGAAGCUGGAGAUGCGAAAGGGCAGUGGAUUGUCCCUUGCCUCAGCUGCUCUGACAACAGAACCUGUGACUGGAGAGAAAUAAUGUGGCAGCCCCAUGGCUGCCAAUACUCUGUGCUUGAUAAGCCCGAGCUCCAGCAGUGUGUGGAAGGCAGAAAGAUUCUUUUUAUAGGUGACUCAACCAACAGAGGGAUGAUGUACUAUCUAAUAGAAAGAGUGAAUGAGACUCUUCAGGAAUGGCAAAAGACUCAUGAUGUUAAAUGUUAUGAUAAUAUCAAUGAGGGAAAAACAUUCAUCAGUUACUCCUACUAUCCCCAGUUUUGGAUGACUGCAAACCAGAGACCAACUUUUGAAAAAGCGCUAGAACAACUGCUGCAGAGAUCACGUCCGCUGGAGAACACAGACCAGACCGUACUAAUUGUAGGUGGCGUUCAGUGGCUUAAUUCCAAUCACCUGCAAAUUAUCCAAAAGGUGUUGAACAGAGAAAAUCUAUCAAAUAUCCUGGUAAUUAUCAAAUCCAUAGGGAUGGGCUUUCACCUCCCAGUGGAUGGAAUACAUUCUUUAUCACAGGCAGAAGUACAAAACUUGUGGAAUGAAAACUUGGUUAUCUUGGAGACAGCAAAAACAUAUGGCUAUGAAGUUGUUGACACGUUCAUCAUCACAAUGGGACGAUACAAAGAAUUCCUGCGGGGAAAGUGCGGGUGUCAUUUCCAUGAGGUGGUGAAAUACAAUCCUUCUGAAGAAAGUCCACACAUAACAAUGAUGUUAUCGAGGCACUAUACACUGGGGAAAUAUUUCAGCAGUCAAAGCAAGCUAUCACAACUGCAGGACUAUGCAUCAAAUUCUCGGUCCCCAUAUCAUGUCCAAGGUCCAAUAAAUCAAGUUUAUUCUGAAAUCCUUCUGAACAGGCUCUGUGCAAGUAAGAGGGGGCUUGUUAGCACGUAGCCUCCCUGGAUGUAGCACUGGGACUGGAGAUAUGCCACUACGCGAGUGACAUAGAAGGACCAUGCUGAGUUUAUGACACGCUUCCUUGAUUGCCUGCACAUGUACCAACAGUUUGAAACAUGGCAUUUUUCCUAACGUGUUAUGAAAUCAAGAUACAACAUUGGAGUUUUGUGGUUUCAAAAUGGAAGAUGGAGGGAUGCAAAGAGAGAGCAGAGGGGAAGUUACUUGAACUGUUGCCAAAUGCUAGAACAGCUGUAGCUCAACCAACUGUUUAUUAAUGAUAGUAAAGAGAGAGAAAUAUAUACACUUGAACAAUUUGGAAAGGACUGCUUUAGCUCUUCCGCACUAUAUAAUUUUCUAUUUAUAGAGACACUGUAAUAUUUGAUAGUAUUUAGAGACUGGUUACAUUCCAUUUGAAAGAGUUUUAUUUUAUGUGGAUGGGAUCCCCUUCAGUAUCAACCCUUUUCUAUUUAGACACUUGGUUUAUAGAAUUUGAAAGUGCCUUUUUGAACUUCAGUGUUUUUCCUGGAAACACUUCCCUUCUUUGUAUGUUAAAUGCAACAAAUGUCUAUUCUAUUUUUUGCAUUUUCUGAAGUUAAUAUAGAAAUAGGUUUCUUAGAAUUGAGACUGAUUGUAAUUGUCUCAAGGUAACAUGUAAAUUCAGUGAAUAUGUUAACAGACUUAUUUAAGGUCACAGUUUAGAUGAAUGGCCAUAUGCAGGAAGGCUGCACCAUCCUCAUCAGCUCUGUGGCUGUAGUUAACUCUGACCAGAUGAACAUAACAGAUAUUUAAAAAAAACAUCCGAUAAAUCCAGGACAUGAUAUGUUUUGGCACAACAACAAAUGUCUUAAGAGGAAGCAGUAUUGUUUUCGUAUGAAUUAAAAGUGUGAAGAUCACUUGAAAAGUAAAAAAAUAAAAAAAUAAAAAAAAAAAUCAAG